AUGGCGACGCCGCGACUCACGGCGAGGCCGCCGUCUCCGUUCGUCCCGGCGGGCAAGAGUGGAUUGUGCUGCAAGUGCCACGUGGCGCGCGUGUACGCGCUGAUGGUCUUCGUCAGCCUCCUCGCGCUGCUCCUCUUCCUCUUCGUGCCCUGGGCCGCGUCGCACGGCGCCAUCCGUGCGACUGCUGGCGACGCUGUCGCCGUCGCAGAAGCAGGAACGGGGGGUCGUGUGCGAGGGAGGGGUAGGGGUCCGCAGCUCGAGCGCGGGGAUUCGUUGCAUUUUGGGGGGAAUGGGGGGAUUGCGGAGAGCGCAAUGCGCAUGGGCGGAGAGCAGGCGGACGUGAUUCGGGAAAAGGCAGUGACCAUGGCGGACGCUGCUGACGCUGUAGCGAGUAGCGAGGCUGCUUUCAAGGGAGAUGAAGCAUUGGCGGGGAGUGCGGGGGCGGCGGAGGAGAUGGAAGAGGGGGCGGAGAGAGGAACCGAUGGGGGAGAGGCGGAAGGAAAGGGGGAAGGAGGGCAGGGAGGGGAGGGCGGGGAAGGAGAGGAGGGAGGAGGAGCGGGAGGGGAGGUGCCGAUGCCUCUGCGGGUGUACAUGCUGCCACUGACAGGCGAACUCAAUUUCCACGUGCUGCUGUCCCCAUGCCGCCCCAUGCCAUGCGCCACUGUGAGCGCCCACCAUACCCACCUCCUCCCUUUCUCCCGCGCCCACCCUCCCCCCACACGCUGCCUUCCAUCUCCCCCUUCUCUCCCCACGCCCCGUCAACAGCAACGGUGGCGCUUUGCGAACCGGGAGCAGCUGCAGCUGCAGCACGGCAUGCCGGCGGACUGGCGGUUCAAAGGCAACUCGCUGCGGCCGCGGGCGGACGGCGACGUGCUGGGGUUCAUGGUGCAGGACGACGGGUGGGUGGAGGACGGCCAGGGGGAGGGCGGAGGGGGAGGCGGAGGAGGGGGUGGAGAGCGGUCGGUGCAGGUGCCGCAGUUUGUGGAGGGGUUUGGGGUGCACAUAGAGCAGUACGCAGCCGAGUACUGGCUCACUCUUUCCCUGCUCGCCGGCGGGCUGCCCUCCGUGCAGCGCGUGCGGCGGGCUGAGGACGCCCACAUUGUCUUCGUGCCGGCCUUCUCCUCCGCCUUCUAUGCCACUCAGAUGAAGACCAAUGAGAGGCGGCGGCGGGCGGGGGACACGAGGAUACCGGAGGAGCAGCACUUGCUGGCAGCGGUCACGCAGCACGCGCUGUGGGGGGACGGGGGCGGGCAGGGAGGAGGGGCCAGCCAGGGGGCAGAGGGGCAGCCGGGGGAGGGCGAGCUGCUGGAGAAGGUGGAGGUGUCGACUGGGGAGGGCUCACCUGGUGGUGGUGGUGGUGGUGGUGCCGGGGAGGCUGGCGGCAGCAGCAGACGACGACUGCUGAGGGUGCUGAAAGGGGGACGGAAGGGGAAGGAAGCAGAGGCGGGCGAGCAGGCGCAGAACGCACCGGUGGAGGGUCAGCAGGGACCACCCGAUGGUGGGGCUGGAGAGGCUGAGAGGGCCGAUGCAGCAGAGAGGUCGCAGAGCGAGGGAGGCAAGGGGGGCCUUGUGUCUCGGCGGCGAGAUUUCCUCAUUCCAGCAGUGCACCCGCAUGCACUGUCGACGGUGCGGCAUGAGGUGGCAGCAGCGCACAUGCUGAUGGUGGACUUGAGCCAGCCCGCGGAGCAGGUGGCGCAUUUAGACAAGGACGUGCUCGUGCCCUACUCCGCCCUCAUCCCGCCCUUCCUCAACGACUCGCUGCCGGGGGAGACAGAGGGCGGGCACGGCAGUGUGGGAGCGGCGCAGGCUGUGGCAGCGUGGGCGGCCGCACGGCCCACUCUGAUAUUCUUCAGAGGCACGCUCAACCGGCAACAGGUGUGCAUGCGAGCUGCAGAGAGGGAUGCAAUGCAGGGAGGGGCCAUGCGAGUGCAGCUGGCGCGGCUGCUGGCGAACGUGAGUGGGGCGGACAUAGCGGAGGGGUCGCCGCUGCAGGGAGGGGUGCAGGCGGCCACAGCAGGCAUGCGCGCCUCCAAGUUCUGCCUCGUGCCUGAAGGCGACACGGCAUCAUCAUGCCGGCUGUUUGACGCCGUGCUAUCGCACUGCAUCCCGCUGGUGGUGUCGGACUCACUCGACCUGCCAUUCGAGGAGGCCCUCGACUACACCGCCUUCGCCCUCUUCCUCCCACAGGCCCUCGCCCUCCGCCCCGGAUACGUCGAGGCCUUCCUGCGAAACGUGUCGCACGAAUCAGCAUUCGCCAUGUGGCAGCGGCUGAGAGAGGUGGCACACCACUUUGUCUACUCCACGCCGCCCAAGCCCGGAGGGGCGGAGGACAUGAUCUGGCAGGCUGUAGCGCGGCGGUGGGCAGGGGACCACUACGGGCGGCGCUACAACCGGAAGAACCAAAGGAGGCGGAGGAGGGUGAUGGAGCAGCUGUUGGAGCGAGAAGGGCUCAGCGCUGCUCACAUUGUGGUCAGACCACGCGCGCUGCCACUCAUGUAG